CAACUCCCACAUCCGCGUUGCUCAGUGACGUAACGCCAGCCUAAAACAGGAAGCGCUAAUCUCAAGGGGUUUAUCUCCGCUCGUCCACAGCGUCCCAAGAGAUCGGGCUUCAGACGUGGUGUGUGGACUUUCGGCGAAACCUAAAAAAACAAAAAACCCAACCUCCCCAACUCCCCAGCGAGUCAGAAGAUCUGCGCUGUGUUAGCAGAAGAAUGCCUGCCGGUUGCUGUGUGACAGCUGUCAUUUGCGGGAGAGGUCAGAGGACAUCAUGAGGAGGUACAGGCAGGUGCCAUGCUCGGAUGCGGAUGGAACCUUCAGAUACGGACGUGCUAGGGAAAGGACAUCCUUCUAUUCCGCACUGGGUGUGUGUGGAUGUUGUGGGCGGUGUCGUCCCCGCUACAAGCGCUUGGUGGAUAACAUUUUCCCAGAGGACCCAAAGGAUGGUUUGGUGAAGUCAGACAUGGAAAAGUUGACAUUCUUUGCCGUUUCUGCUCCAGAGAAGCUCGACCGUAUAGGAGAGUAUUUAGCCGAGCGCCUCAGCAGGGACGUGGUCCGACACCGCUAUGGGUAUGUGGUGAUUGCAAUGGAAGCGCUGGAUCAGUUGCUGAUGGCAUGCCACUCACAGAGCAUUAAGCCCUUCGUGGAGAGCUUUUUGCACAUGGUGGCAAAGUUGCUGGAAUCCAAGGAACCUGACCUGCAAGUGCUGGGGACCAACUCUUUUGUGAAGUUUGCAAACAUUGAGGAGGACACGCCUUCGUAUCAUCGCCGCUAUGAUUUCUUUGUCUCCCAGUUCAGUGCCAUGUGCCACUCCACACAUGAAGACCCAGAGACACGCACCAGGAUCCGCAUAGCAGGUAUCAAAGGGCUGCAGGGAGUCGUAAGGAAGACAGUGAAUGAUGAAUUGCAGGCAAUCAUCUGGGAACCUCAGCACAUGGACAAACUCAUUCCCUCCAUGCUCUUCAACAUGCAGGACAAUGACGACUUAGACAGGGGUGGAGGAGAGGAGAACCCUGCAUCCCUGGCUGAGAGCUGCUUUCGGGAGUUACUUGGUCGUGCUGCAUAUGGAAACAUGAACAACGCUGUUCGGCCCGUGCUAGUGCAUUUGGAUAAUCAUCAUUUGUGGGAUCCAAAUGAGUUUGCAGUAUCCUGCUUCAGAAUCAUAAUGUACUCCAUACAGGCUCAGCACUCACAUCAUGUGAUCCAGCAGGUUCUGAACCACCUGGACACACACAGUAAGAAUACGCCGCGAGAAAGAGCAGGUAUCGUCCAGGUGCUGCUGGAGACUGUCGCCAUAGCGGCCAAGGGCUCUGUUGGCCCAACAGUGUUAGAGGUUUUUAACACCUUGCUCAAGCACCUCCGUAUGAGUGUUGAUUUUGAGCUGGGUGAUGGUUCUCGCAGAAACUCUGGAACGAGUGUCUCUUCCGGCCGCGGCAAAGAGAACGAGGAGCGCAUCGUCCAGAAUGCCAUUAUUCAGACUAUUGGGUUCUUUGGAGGAAAUCUACCAGAUUAUCAGCGUGCUGAAGUUAUGAUGUUCAUUAUGGGGAAAGUUCCGGUAUACGGGACACCUUGUCAUUCUCUGGAUACCGACAAAAUUGGGCCCCAGGGUACUAAAAGGAUUCAAACGAUGCUCCUCAGUUCUCUCAUUAUGGUGACGUCUGGAUUUAAGUGUAAAACAAUGAGUGCGGGUUUGCCAGCUGCAUUUCUGGAGCCCCUCUGCUCCAUCUCUCUAAUGGAAGACAGCGAACUGCGGCAACUGGUCCUUGAGAUCCUACACAACAUCAUUGAUCGCCAUGACAACAGGGCCAAACUCCGCGGCAUCCGAAUAAUUCCUAAUGUUGCAGCUCUGAAAAUAAAGCGCGAGAAGAUCUCCAAACAAGAUGUAAUUUUCAUGAAAAAGUAUGGGCAGCAGUUGUACAGGCAUAUAUAUCUGGGCUGUAAGGAGGAGGACAACAUGCAGAAGAAUUUUGAGCUUCUCUUCACUGCUCUUGCUCUGCUCACUAUAGAGCUAGCUAAUGAGGAUGUGGUCAUAGACCUUAUACGUCUCUCCCUUGCUCUGCAGGAUAUGGCUCUAGAUAAUGAGGAGAACAUGCCAAUGUUUAUUCGCUGUGGUAUCAUGGCACUGAUUGCAGCCUACCUAAACUUUCUCAGCCAAAUGAUUGCCAACCCUGCCUUCUGUCAGCAUGUCAGCAAGGUUAUUGAGUUAAGGAAUAUGGACGCUCCCUACUUGCUACCUGAACAUGUGUUUCGAGAGAAAUGUGUGCUGCCUGUGGCUCUGGACCGUGAGGACAGUGGCAUGUAUUUUCAGACAGCUGACCUCGCUGAUGCCCUUUCUGGACCAGGAUACAAUGCAGAAAGACUUGCCGUGCCAUAUAUACCACAAGUUACAGAUGAAGACCGGCUCACUCGGAGGAAGAGUUUUGUGGACACCAUCUCACUCCAGGUGGACAUCCUGUCCAACAGCCUUCCUGACCAGUCGCAGUUAGCAGAAGAGAUUACCUACGAGACUUUGAAGAAGGCCAUUGACACCACCGGUUUAGAAGAGCAGGAGAGAGAAAAGAGGCGGCAGGUGAUGGAGAAAUUCCAGAAAGCUCCGUUUGAGGAGAUUGCAGCCCAUUGCGAAUCAAAGGCUAACAUGCUGCAUGAUCGUUUGGCUCAGAUUUUUGAAUUGACUAUACGCCCACCCCCAAGUCCCUCCGGCACAGUGACGGUGACUUCAGGCCACGCCCAGUACCAGUCUGUGCCUGUCUAUGAGAUGAAGUUUCCUGACCUCUGUGUCUACUGAGCCUGAAGCUUAACUCUAUCACAUCACUCACACUUGAUCUUAAUUAUGUAAUUACAUCCAUGCACCUUUACAUCCUAAGGAUUCACCUUUAACAAGACCAGCACUGUAACUUUUGACUCCCAUAAUUUACUUAAUCCCAAGCACUAAUCUGUCACUUGCUUCUAAACAGUUAUGUAAACUCAGACCAAGAAAUCUGACCUGAACACUGCAGAUAUCUGCACCCUGUAAUGCAAUAACUAAUUAUCCCAAUUACUUCCAGCAUCUGUGUGAUCAUUGUCAUGAUACACUAAUCAUAUAGGGUAUGAUGAUGUUGUGUGUGUGUGUGUGUGUGUGUGUGUGUGUGUGUGUGUGUGUGUGUGUGUGUGUGUGUGUGUGUGUGUUUAGCUGCACUGGUUCAUAGGCCUUUGUCUCUUUGUGAAUCACAGACUUGAAAAGAAUGUUUACAUGACUAACAAUUACUCUGAAACGUGCCCUUGAGACUCAGUACUCCUGUAUGACAUGAUGUUAGCAUGCAGUAAUAUCCUCUAUCUGAAUGUAUGACUGUUUGAGCCUCAGUAGAACUUGACUCUCGGGGUGAAUGUUCAACACAAUCCCUGCGCUUGCCACAAUUUGCUUUGAGCACUUCAGAUUCAGGGGUUUCAAAGUUUCAUACUAAUUAGUGGUUUUCUGGAGUAUAUGAUCUUCCCAACACUUGAGCCAGUCCUUGAUUGCCACUUGAUUACUGAGCCCUGAAAUGUGGACUGGGUGAAUGUAUCUAUUUGAAAUGUUCUGAAACAUCCAUCCAUCCAUCCAUCCAUUUUAUUCUAUAUAAUCUUAUUAUAUAUGAAUACAAAGUUUUUUUUGGCUGGAUGUGCACUUUAGAGAUGCAAAUAAGAGCACAAACUGUGACCGUGACAGUCAUGUCACCAAAGAGGCCCAAACACAAACUCAGAAUGGCUAUUUACAGGUUCUAAUCAAAUGCAGAUCUGGUGUAUUAACAUAUUGAACUAUUUGGACCAUUGUAUCUCUGCACAUAUUUGCAGAAUGCAUUGUAAUGUUGACAAAUGCUGUAAGUUAGCAGCUUUAGACUGCAACAACAUGGCACUCUUCUAUAUUCUUAUAGAUAUAUUAAGAUUAGGAUAAAUGGGUCUAAGUAUAAAACAAGCUUCUUAGCAACUUUAUUCUUCUAGCUAAGCAAAUACAUAAGAGUAGAAUAUUGAUGCUUAAAAUGUGACUGUUAAAAGCUUAAAGACUAUGCUGUAAAUCUGAAAUCUUAUGCUGUAAAUGUAUUCCUCUGAGCUUAUUUUAUCGACUGCUUUUAGUCCACUGCUGUUAUCAUGCAUUUUACUUGUUUGAAACUCAUAUGCCUAUGUGAUUGUGUAAUAGGGUUUAGGGGAUUUAAACAGAAUUUGUAAAGUCAGCACUUAAUACGCUCCGUGGUGUCAGAGUAGUCUGAUACUUAAAUCUUGCUGUUCUGUUAACAAUUGAGCCAUCUGUGUAAAUGAGCAGUGUUGUGAAAGCUGUUUUCAUACAAAUUAGACUGAAUUUUAGCCAGAAAAGCUGUUUGCAUUGGCUGAAUUAGUAGCGCAAAAGGAUUCAGGAUGGUUUUAUCAGGCUAACUUCAAAGAGUGUUCAGGUAGUCAUCAUACCUUUUACCCAAUUGCAAUUAAGUAUGAUUGAUCCUACUGCAGUGAACAAACAAACAAACAAAAAAAGACAUUGUAAUGUUGCCCGUGAUUGGACACUGAUAUAUUUAGAAAAAGAAUUGAAAGGUGAAAUAAAUUGGUAUGAAGAAGAAUGAUCAUUCCAACAGUUGGUUUGUUGGCAUUUUGUUAAUGUAAAAAUUUUGUUGCAUAGGAUUUUGGACAGGGUUUUUGUAGGUGACUUAGUUGGAGCCGCACUGUGACAUUAAAUGUUAAAAUGGUAAAAUAUUCUGUGAAUCCCAUAUUCAUAAAUUCUAUUAAACAAAUAAAUUAUUCAGUAAAAUAUUUUAUAACACAGCGCUGUUGAAUUAAUUUUCUAAAACAGCAGCUCUGACAGUAGUGUCAGCUGUAAUUCAAAUCACAGGUGUAUAUUCAUGGUCUCAUUCUAAUAAGUUAUUGCUUCUAUAGUAACAGCUCGUGACUUAUAGCAGAUGCUUUAGAUCAUCUAAGCCUGCCAGUCAAUCUCAAAAAGAUGUAUAAUCACUGAUAUGUUGAAACAUUCUGUAAGGAGACGUUUAUUUAACAUUUAUGGAACAAGUCGCCAGUGUAAUGGUCAGUAUGUUUUCCUUCAUGAGAGAGUCUCAAGGGCAAAGGGGUUUGCACUUUCCAGUUUCUUGUUAACAUGACAAGCUGUUUUUUUUUUUCCCUUUAUUUUUUUCUCAUUAACUUCAAGAGACUGUUGAGGACCUGUCUCAUAGACAUUACACAACAUUAAAUGUCACUAUAAACUAAUGAAAUAGUAAGAAGUUCUUACUAAGAAGGAGGAAUAGCACUUCAGGGCAUGCUAUUAUUGGAAAAUAUUCUUCCAAAUUCUUUGAUUAUUUAUUUGAUUGGUUAUUCAUUCUAAAACUAUUUCAUGAGGUGUUCAAAAAAGUAGAACACACCGUAGAUAUUUUAGGUUUGAAGUUUAUAUUUACUUGCACUGCUUUAUCCUUGUCUUCUUCAGAUUUUGAUAGAACAGUAAAACAGAAGUGUGUAAAGUGCAUAUAUUCUUGUUCAUUCAUACAAAAUAAUGUAUAUAUUUAUGAUUAAGAAUUAAUUGUAGUACUUUGCUGGUACUAUGAACAGUUGUUUAAAACAUUAUCUUACAAAGAAUUAUUACCAAGGAGUUACAUGCAGGUUUAUACUGAUCAGUGAAUAUGGGCUUCACAGAAACUGUUAUAGAUGGUAUCGAUGUUUUAUUAUGGUGCAGUGACUCACUGGCCUUCUGUGGGUUUUGGUUCUCAGUCCAUUUUACCCCAUGCACAGCAUUUUGUGUUUUCUCUCAUUUAUGCACACAAAGGGAUUAUAAUUAGGGCUACACAGAGAGAGAGCGAGAGGGAGAGAGAGAGAGAGAGAUCACUUCAGAGUUCAGUUGUCUGCCUAUUUCUUCAUCCAUCCAUCCAAAUUUUAUUCUUUUACUGGAUGAUCUUUUCCUUUAGUCACCUUAGAUCUUAAUGGUUACACAGUUGAUUACUUGCUAAAUGUCCUGUGUGAAUGUUACUAUAUAUUAAAAAUACAGGCAAAUUUGUGUAACACUGUGGAUAGUAGGUCAGUAAUUGAAAAUGUGACUCUCUUUCUUUUGCUUGAUCAAGAGAGAAAAAUGGGAACCUUUCCCAUGAUGCUAGAGGAUGUAAAUUGUUCUUUGACUGUGUGUAUAAAACUGUAAUACUCAUUUAAAUAACAUUUUUUACAUCCUUUGAUUUUUGGAAUUCAAACAAGGUUUUAAUUAUAACAUAUCUAUAUAACACAUUCACUUUUAAUUAACUGACAACAAAUACAAAAAUGGACAUGAACAACAACAUAAAAAAUCACUAUACCGAACUUUUUCCCCCCAAGUGCAAGCAGGUGAAAUCAUGAAUGAUAAAAUAUGAAUGACAGCACGUAUCAUUUUGAUUGUUUAUCUCCUACAUUUUCAAAUAUCACACUGAAUUUUCACCUUUCUGACCCAUUGACGUUCUCAGUAUUGAGGAUUUGUUAAAGGAGUGAAAACACAAACUAAUAGUGCACCAUUAUACUGAGUAUAUAAUGAGAACCAUUAUACACUUGGACAUGUUGAGUGGUACAUUGUGGAAAUUGUUGCUAUGACUUAGUGCAUGUAGGGAAAAGUCAUGAGGUGAAAAGGGCAGGAGUGCCAGAGGCUGUUAUCGAUCCGAUUCUCCGGCUGAGUAAAUGAGAAAUGAUUAGUUGACCUGCUUAGUCUUUGACAGAAAGCCCACAAUCUUACUUUGCAGGAAUGGGUGACCAGACAUGUAAUGAGCUCAUGGCCAUUAGACAACCUUGACCUUUUUGGGGUAAUAUGCUGCAUUAUAGCCUAUUGCUUAGCUUUCAUUCUGCUGAAUGAGGUAAAUAGAAAGAGACUUUUAAUUAUACACAGAUGUCUGUAUUCGUAUUAAUGAUCUAUUUUGUAAAAUUAGUGCAAUAUAUUUUUGUCUUCAUAGGAAACUUGUAUUUUUCACAUGCAGUAAUGUGGUAACAUAAGGUAACAAUGCUGUUUCUGUGGGCGUGUAGAGGUUGGCUCACACUCUUGCAUGCUGGUCUUUUAUAUUAUUGUAGGCAUUGGGAAAAAGGGUAAAGAAAUCCUAUUCUUAUAAUUGCAGUGGCAAAAACAUUGCUGUUAUCUUGAACAUAUGACAACUGUUGAGCCAACAGUGUAUUAUUGUUUUUUUUCCCCCCACUUUACUGGUACUUGAAUCGUUGCUUAGUAGUUGUACUGUUUUAACUUGUCUUUUUGAGGCUGUGCUUGUAUGUGCAUUUUUAUAUUGUUACCUGUAUUACUGCAUUCUAGACAGCUUUGAACAGUCAGUAGGACCACUGAAUGACCACUCCAUGUUUAUCCUGAUAAACAAUCUUGAGUGUUCAUUACGUUGACCUGUGUGUGUCUGUGUGUAUGUAUUCGCAUGUGAUAUGAUAAACAAUGCAGCCUUUAAUAUGUAUAAUCAUAAUCACCAGCUAUGGCAUUCACAUUUCAAUAUAAAUGUUUAUUUGUAAAAAAAAAUAAAUAAAAAUAAAAAAGCUACUAAGAUGCUGUAAACGCCAAAUUUCUGUCUAGCAGGGUGUUGGAUGCUCAACCACUUUCCUGUGCACAGCAAGAACAAACAAUAUCAAUAAAGAUUUUUAUAUUCAAAACAA